CGCUAGUUCUAACCAAUGAGCGGUGAGAAGUUAGUGGGAAGGCGGGGCCACCAGGUCGCCGAGUUACCGAGCGGUGGCAGGGGCCGCCGCAGCGUAGGAACUCCCGGUCCGCCGGCGCCACCGGUGGACAGAAGACUCACCUCGAGCCAUGGGCCCACUCAGUGCUGUAAUCCCGCGUUUCCUGGCUGCACAAACGGUUCAAUUCGUAUUCGGAGACACCCUCAAAGAUCCCAGGGCCAGCAAACCGGAAGCCGACAAACAGCUUUGGUCCGGCCGCCUGAGGAGAGUGAGACCCCGCCCUCCCGGACGGACGCGUGCGCGUUCUCAAGCCCGCGCGCCCCGGAAGUCGGAGCUGAGAAAACCGAGAUCCCUGGGCCCGGCUUCGUUUCUGUCAGCCGGAGAGUUUUUGUUCCCUAUUCGCGUUUCCCAGCUGCUGGCACUGUCAGUGAGAAGCAGGGCAGGCAAGUUUCCUGGGUCAGGAUAUGGUCCAUUGAAGUAACGCUCCUCAAAUUCGAACUUGCGGCGGAGUCCUUCGGGGAUCUUGGUAUAACGCAGAUGGGAUUGGGCAGGGGUCACGCUGGCUUCUGCUCCGUCGCUCUCAAUUCGUCACCGGGGAGGAAGACGGAGCAGGCUGCCCAGGCCGAGGGCCUAUUAGGGGAUGCAGCUAUGGGCGCUGUCGCCGUGGAACCUGUGUGCAGACACAUUAGAAAAGGAUUGGAACAAGGUAAUUUGAAAAGAGCUUUAGUGAAUGUGGAAUGGAAUAUUUGCCAAGAUUGUAAGACGGACAAUAAAGUAAAAGAUAAACCUGAAGAAGAAACAGAAGAAAAUCCUUCAGUUUGGCUGUGUCUUAAAUGUGGCCAUCAGGGCUGUGGCAGAAAUUCUCAGGAGCAACAUGCUUUGAAGCACUACCUGACACCACGAUCUGAACCUCAUUGCCUGGUUCUUAGUUUGGACAACUGGAGUGUAUGGUGUUACCUAUGUGAUGAUGAAGUCCAGUAUUGUAAUUCAAACCGAUUGGGUCAGGUGGUUGAUUAUGUUAGAAAACAGGCUGGUAAUACUCCAAAAUCAGCAGCAAAAGAUAAUGGUAAUAUUGAACUUGAAAAUAAAAAGCUAGAAAAGGAGAGUAAAAAUGAGCAAGAGAGAGAAAAAAAGGAAAACAUGGCGAGAGAAAAUCCUUCCAUGAAUUCGACUUCUCAAAUAACUGUGAAAGGACUCAGUAAUUUGGGAAAUACAUGUUUCUUCAAUGCAGUUAUGCAGAAUUUGUCACAAACACCAGUGCUUAGAGAACUACUGAAAGAAGUAAAAAUGUCUGGAACAAUUGUAAAAAUUGAACCACCUGAUUUGGCACUAACAGAACCCUUAGAAAUAAAUCUUGAGCCUCCAGGCCCUCUUACGUUAGCCAUGAGCCAGUUUCUUAACGAGAUGCAAGAGACCAAAAAGGGAAUCGUGACACCUAGAGAACUCUUUUCUCAGGUCUGUAAAAAAGCAGUGCGAUUUAAAGGCUAUCAGCAACAGGACAGUCAGGAGCUGCUUCGCUAUCUAUUGGAUGGAAUGAGAGCGGAAGAACAUCAGAGAGUGAGUAAAGGAAUUCUUAAAGCAUUUGGUAAUUCUACUGAAAAAGUGGAUGAAGAACUGAAAAAUAAAGUUAAAGAGUAUGAAAAGAAAAAAUCAGUACCAAGUUUUGUGGACCGAAUAUUUGGUGGUGAGCUGACUAGUACAAUUAUGUGUGAUGAAUGCAGAACUGUCUCCUUGGUUCAUGAAUCUUUCCUUGAUUUGUCUCUACCGGUUUUAGAUGAUCAGAGUGGUAAGAAAAGUAUGAAUGAUAAAAAUCUGAAAAAGACAAUGGAAGAUGAAGAUAAAGAUAGUGAGGAAGAAAAAGAUAAUGACAGUUACUUAAAGGAGAGAAACGAUAUUCCUUCAGGAACAAGCAAGCACUUACAGAAAAAAGCAAAGAAACAAGCCAAGAAGCAAGCCAAGAACCAACGAAGACAACAGAAAAUUCAAGGGAAAGUUCUUCAUUUAAAUGAUGUCUAUGCCAUUGACCAUCCUGAAGAUAAUGAAUGUGAAGUUGAAAUGUCACUUCAGGGAGAAGCAGAUAUUAAAUCCAAGCAUCUCUCUCAAGAGGAAGUUGCACCUAAAGAAUAUUGUGUUAAUCAGAAAGAUUUGAAUGGCCAUGAAAAAAUGAUAGAAAGUAUAACUGACAAUCAAAAAUCCACAGAGGAAGCCGAUAUGAAAAAUAUCAGUGUGGAUAAUGAUCUGGAGGUUUUGGCAUCGUCUGCCACUGAAUGUCCUAGGAAUUUAAACGGUGCCUACCUGAAGGACGGGAGCAAUGGAGAAGUGGACAUUUCCAGUGGUUUUGAGAACCUUAAUUUGAAUGCUGCUCUGCAACCUGAUGAAAUAAAUAUAGAGAUUCUGAAUGAUGACCCUACUUCCAGGACGAAGGUAUAUGAAGUUGUAAACGAAGAUCCAGAGACUGCUUUCUGUACACUUGCAAAUAGGGAGGCUUUCAACACUGACGAGUGUUCAGUCCAACAUUGUUUGUAUCAGUUCACUCGAAACGAGAAACUUCGAGAUGCUAAUAAACUGCUUUGUGAAGUGUGCACGCGGAGACAGUUGAGUGGACCAAAGGCAAAUAUGAAAGGUGAAAGGAAGCAUGUUUAUACCAAUGCUAAGAAGCAGAUGCUAAUUUCUCUUGCUCCUCCAGUUCUCACUCUUCAUUUCAAGAGAUUUCAGCAGGCUGGUUUUAACCUACGCAAAGUUAACAAACACAUAAAAUUUCCAGAAAUCUUAGAUUUGGCUCCUUUUUGUACCCUUAAGUGUAAGAAUGUUGCUGAAGAACAUACACGGGUACUGUAUUCCUUAUAUGGAGUUGUUGAACACAGUGGUACCAUGAGGUCAGGGCAUUAUACCGCCUACGCCAAGACAAGAACUGCAAACACUCAUCUCUCUAACCUUGUUCUCCACGGUGAUAUUCCACAAGAUUUUGAAAUGGAGUCAACCAAAGGGCAGUGGUUUCACAUCAGCGACACGCACGUGCAAGCUGUGCCUACAGCUAAAGUACUGAAUUCACAGGCUUACCUCCUAUUUUAUGAGAGAAUACUGUAACAGUUUCAAAGUGCUUUCUCUGGAAACGUUGAUGGCUUUUAUAAUGGCUAUAAUAAUAAAAAAGACUAACUGUAAAUCAUGUUCACUUAACUACAUGCCGGAAGAACUCAUGUUCACUGAGAUACUGAAGGGAGAAUACCUAAAAAUUCCACAGUGGCUUUGUACUGUCACAGUGGUUUUUAUCACUGCGUCCAGUUUCUGGAAAGGAUUCUGAAUUACUUAAGUGCUCAAUAACAUGUCUGGGUGGUGGUUUGCAACACAUCAAUAAAGUUAAUUGCCCCC